GUCAUUGCUCCAUAUUUAAAACAUGGAAAUCUCUCUGCAAGCCAAGCCCAUGGCCAGCGGGCAGGGGAGGGAGGCCUGCCCACACCCAGCCUGGCUAUCUAUCCCCUCCUGCUAAGGAAGAGGUCCCUGGGACAGUGCAGACGGUCCUCGUUAACCUCCACCAGCCUCCAGAUGGGCGGACGGACGUAUGGUGGAUGCACGGACCAAGGGAACUGGCCAUCAUUUUACCCAAGAGAGCCUGAACAGCAAAGCCACCGAGACCCCUCCAGCAAAAGCCUGGAUCCGGUCUGCUUUAACCCUGCAGCCUCCAGCACCGUCUCGUCUCCUCCCUCCGACAGCGGAGACGCCGGCUCGGCGCAGGCACCGCACGCUGGGGACACCCAGGACAUAGCAAAGGGCCAGCAAGGAGCCACGGGCAGACAGGCUCCCUGUCCCCACCUCGUAGAUGGAGAGGGAGGGCCACCAAGAGGGGAGAGGAGAUGUCCCAGGUCGCUGCAUCAAACCUGGGCUGAGACCCCAGGCAAGUGUCCCCCAGCCUGCCCCGACCACAGAGCAAACGCCCUCCCCGAGCGCCCGCAGCGCGCAGGGAGCAGGGCUGCGACAGCUGGCCCAACCGCGGCGUGCCCGCUUACCGCCACGGCUGAAAACACGCCUGCCAUCGGCGAAGGUUCAAACCGCCGGGACUCUCACGGGGCACGGAGCUACCGGUCGUCACCUCCGCGCCACCCCACAGCCCCGAUCCUGCCCGGGGACAGGGACCGUCCACGUGGGGCUCCUGGUCCUGGUCCUCGGCCUGCCAGCGGCCCUUCUUUAUCUCCAGCACACCCGGGCGCACGCAGAGCCUGCGUGAUUCCCAAGCGAUGGCAAAUGUCACCGCUCAUGUCACGGAAACAAGGAGGUGCCCCGGUGGGUCGGGUCCGGCACCCCAGAGCGCUUUGCUUCGCUGGAAAACGCAUCCGCGGGUCUCUUCUGCGGAGGCCGGUGGAAGCGACAGGGCCGCAGACACAGCUAGUGGCCCCGUCUCCCAAAACGCACUUUAUAGGUCUCUAAUUACAUUGGAGCAAAUUGCAUUAAUAUAUUUAGCUACCUGUUUAAUUAGGCUACUGGCAACCAUUUCUGAGAAGUCAAAUUUAAUAACAGCUCUGAACACCUAACGGGUGGGAAAAAAUUGUAGCAUUUCAGGUUUGAUUGCACACCGAUGUUAAUGGUUAAUAAAUUUUCAGAGCUUAUGUAUUG